AUGGCUCUGAUCGCCCGUGGCGCUGUGCUUCUGCUCGUGGCCCUGUCUCUUGCCACGUCCGUAUCUGCUGUCAUCAGUCCCUUCUGGGGCGGAGCGCAGCCUCUUGAGCCGGUGGCGAAGUCCCUGAUCGCUUCAUGGAACGCGGCGGCCAAGAAGAAGCCGGCGCUGCUGGUGGGUCCCUACGACCCCUCAGGCUCUAGCAACGGCAUCAAGGGUUUCUACAACGGUACCUACCUCAUUGGCGCCGCCUCCGAGCCCAUCACCGCCACCGUGGAAGGCCAGAAUGCCGGUGUUGGGAAGAUCACUCUUCCCGUCGCCGUCGCCGCGUACAACUUCUUCGUGCAUGGGCCCACCAUUGUUCCCAGCGCGGUCGACACUUACAACAUCUACAGCGGCGCCGUAACCGAUUGGGGGAGCAUUCCCGCCGCGAAGGGCACGAUUACCGGCGCCAUUUCCCGCUAUGCGCGCUCCGACAAGGUCGGCACAACGGCCAUCAUUCAGCAGCUGUGGGUGAAGGCGGGCGCGUCUUACACCGGCAAGACUGAUGGCUCGCCGCUGACUUUCUCGGGUCUCCUGACGGUGGCGUCGAACACGGCGAUGUGCAACGCGGUGGUGGCGAAGGUGGGCGCGAUCGGGUACGCACACGUGAGCGCGUGCUCGGCGCAGGUGAGGAACAAGAAAUUCAGGAACAAGAUCUCCGAGGUCGCGCUUAAGAACGCGCUCGGGCAGGCGCUCACGUCCGCGACGUGGAUCGCGAUGAACGCGCUCAGCGGCGUUACCCGCCCCGCACCGGACGGUUCGUGGGAUCAGGUGGAUCUUAUCUGGAAGUCUACUGCCAAGGCGCCCGCCGCUGUGUCCAUGCAGUAUGUGUUUGUCAAGAAGGUUUUGCCCAAGAAUGGCGGCGCCGUCGCGAAGCAGUUUCUCGUGAGCUCGCUCCUCAAGUUCACGGGCGCAGCCAAAGCAAAUGGGUUCAAUGUGGUGCCGGCCGCUUGGUUCAACCCGUCUGCUACCGCUGUCAAGGCCGUCACCGUGUCAACCUCUUAG